AAAUGAAUAGGCACGGGAGCGAGAGUGAUAGUGAAAGAGAGAGAGAGAGAGAUACGAAAAAAAAACAAAAAAACUGAUACUUUUAUUAAAGAUUGCCAAGAUUAGAGUUUCGUAAAAAUGGCAAAUGAUAUUCUCAGCAAUGGCCGUUUACGAGAAAACACUGUUGUGCAACGAACAAGAAACGAUCAACGCAAUCGAGCACCAGACAUAGCAGCAAUAGAGAGUCGCAAUUGGUUGUUACAUCGACAUUAUACGAGACACGAAUACAGUGCUUGCAAGCUACUCAUCGAACAGGAAUUAAUGAAAUCCAAUGGUCACGAAUACGCUAAUUAUUUAAAGGGUUUAAUUCUUCGAAAGGAGGGCAAGAUUCAAGAUUCCUUGGAUUGUUUUCAAACUGCGUAUGAUGUGAAUUCGACAAAUACCGAUAACAUUAAACAGAUAGCAAAAUCGCUAUUGAUAAUGGGAAGUCACAAACGCGCGAUAAACGCAUAUGCGGAAGCUGAGAAGAUAUCUGUUCCAGAUUGGGAAAUAUAUCAUGGCCUUGGCGAGGCUUAUGUGAAAUUGAAUCAAUUACAAGAGGGCAAAAAAUAUUUUAAAAGAUCAACGGAAUUAACCAAAAGUGAAUUGCCCAAUAUUGAUCUUGCGAGACUCUAUCUUUUAGACGAUAUGAUUCCAGAGGCUAGAAAUGCUUAUACAGCAGCUUUGAACGAGAAUCCUCAAAGUAUAGAUGCAGCGACAGAACUGGGUCUCUUAUAUCUUAGAAUCGGAGAUACGCAACGAGCAUUUCAGCAAUUUGGAGCGGCUUUGGCUCAUUCACCUAAUUGCGUCAAAGCAAUCUUACCUAUGGCUUAUGUAAUGCAGAAUCACCGAGAAUACGACGUGGCCUUAUCGAAAUAUAAAGUUGCGGCACAAACCAUUCCAGAAUCCCCGAUCCUUUGGAACAACAUUGGAAUGUGCCUUUAUGCGAAACAGAAAUAUGUUGCAGCUAUCAGUUCAUUAAAGCGAGCACAUUAUUUGAGCCCGAUGUCUUGCAUUCCGUCAUGCAACCUGGGAAUUGUUUUUCUUACCACUGGACAGCCUGCAUCAGCCGCGAUUUAUCUAUGUGCUGCAGUCAGCGCUGAGCCGAAGAAUUCUAUGCCAUAUCUGUUAUUGGGUUUGGCUCUAAAACGUUUGAAUGAUCUGGAAGGUGCCAAAAGAUCAUUGACAAAAGCACAUGCAUUAGCUCCUCAGGAUCCAUUAAUUUUGAUUAAUUAUGCUGUAGUACUCGAUGCUCGCGGGAAACAAGCUAAUGCCUUUGAAAUUUUAACGGCACUCAACGACAUUAUGGCUGUCGUUGAAGUCGAUGUGCAGAUAUCACAAAUGGCAAACAAGUUAUUAAAGAAAUUACAACGCGAGAAAACGGAGUCGACUACCAGUCAAGAAAUAUCAACGGAAAAAUAUGAAAAACGACAAUUGAGCCCUGACGAAGUUUAAAAAUCAUGUCAUUUGUCGUGCGGUAUAAUAUAAAAGUGUUUGUAUUAUUUGCAAAAAUUUUAGGAAAAAAGAA